AUGGCUGGUCGGAGUAGCGGCCGUUUAUUCUUCAUCCUUCUGAGCCUCAUGGCUUCUCUUCCUUCUCCCUCCCACUCCGGUGAGAUCGCCGUCUACUGGGGACAAGGGGACGAUAACAACGAGGGAACCCUGACGCAGACCUGCGCAACCGGCAGGUACAACUACAUCCUCAUUGGCUUCCUCAGCCAAUUCGGUAAGGGCCAGCCUGCCAAGCUCAACCUCGCCGGCCACUGCGAUCCUGCCUCCGGCGGCUGCGCCAGAGUCAGCAACGGCAUCCGCGCCUGCCAGGGCCGGGGCAUCAAGGUUCUCCUCUCCAUCGGCGGUGGUGCGGGCAGCUACGACCUCUCCUCAUCCGAUGAUGCCCAGCAAGUGGCCAACUACCUGUGGAACAAUUUCCUUGGUGGGCAGUCCAACUCCCGCCCACUCGGUGACGCGGCGCUGGACGGCAUCGACUUCGACAUCGAGCAGGGCGCUGGACUGCACUACGGCCAGCUCGGACAGGCGCUCAAGAACCUCGCCAACCAGGCAGGGAAGACGGUGUUGCUAUCCGCCGCGCCUCAGUGUCCUUUUCCGGACCAGUACAUCGGCAAAGCAAUCAACACUGGAAUCUUCGACUUCGUCUGGGUCCAGUUCUACAACAACCAACCAUGCGAGUACUCCAACGGGGACAUCAGCAGGCUAACGGCGUCAUGGUUUAACAGCUGGGCCAACAUCCCCGCCGGCAAAGUUUUCCUGGGUCUUCCCGCUGGCAUCGCCGCUGCCAGCAGCGGCUACAUCCCGAAGGAGGUGCUCAUUUCCCAGGUUCUACCGGCGAUCAAGCGCGCUCCCAAGUACGGGGGCAUCAUGCUGUGGAGCAAGCAGUACGACGACAAAAGCGGGUACAGUGAAGCCGUCAAGGGCAGCGUUUAA